AUGAAGAAAUCUGCCAAUAAGCCACAAGAUGGGUUCACGGAAGAACCACCAACUGGUCAAAAGUCACAAGAGCCCAAGAAAUAUGGUCAUUACAUCCCUCGAUUCCUUUUGAGAAACUUUGCGCACCAUUCAGAGGCUGCUAUUCUACGUAAUAAAAAGUUUGAGGAACAAAAGCGAAACCAGAAAAUCGAGGGGAAAAGGGGGAAAAAGAAAAAAUGGAGCAAGCCAGAUAUGCUAUAUGUCUUGCAGCUUGAGCCCGAAAUCAAGAAGACUGAGGUUGAACUGGGUCGCGUUUUCGGUCAAGACGACAUGUACCGAGACCUUCAACGAUCUACCAACCAACAUCAUGUUGAGGAACAGCUUGGUAAGCUUGAGUGUGCCGUAGCACCAAUCAUUCGCAAGAUCCGGGAAGCGCAGGAGAAUGGACUUCCGACAGUGCAACUACUACGCACCGAGCGAGAUGAGCUACGUCGAUUCCUAUUCGUCAUGAGAUACAGGGGAUCAAACCAGCACAAGCGUUUCUAUCACAGAGACAUCGAAACAUACAACGCCCCCGACAGACAUCGCAUGGUUCAAUACAUGCGCAAGAAGGGAUUCAAGGAGCCGAUCGAGGUCUGGUUGGACAACAUCAAGACAAUGGCCGAAGUCAAGAUCGACAAGGAUGGGGAGUGGUUCUCCGAAAUCCUGGACAGGAUGUACCCCGGGGAUGCGGAAUGGGCGUUUGUCAACUUGCAGCUCAUGUACCUGUCAUUCUGCACGCCCUCCGAGCACGACGAAGAGUUCCUUCUCACAGAGAAUGCUUUCGACAUUUACGAAGGGCCAGUAAGCUUCCAACUCAACCCUAUAACUGGCGAGAAGAUCACAACGGCGUGCACGGAAUACCACAACUUUGCCGUCAUCUCUCCGAAGAUCAUGAUGGUCCUCCGCAGCACGCUCUUGCCCAACGCGGAGGAAGACGCCCUCCCGGGUAUGCGCGAGAAGAGGAGACUGCAACGAGAGAUGCACCGGAGGCUGCAUUCAGAAUACGAUAUGACCGGCUCCUUUCUCGAAACGCUCCCUGUGACGAAGGCGCGCAAUUCAUACACCAAAAUCGUCGGCGGAAUGCCCGUUCUGAUCGAUGGCGAAGACGGAACUCCGCGAGCUGAUCAUCGGUUCGAUUUCCGGUUUUUCCCUCUCAACUCCACGAACGUUCAGAGGAUCAACGCCGUCAUCUUGAAUGAAUCCUACAACAGCUCUUCCAUCGCGUUCGUUUCUCCCGUCGCAGCUCGGAAGGCGCUGGAGUACUAUCUCACGGACCCUUGCAAAGUUGCCGGCGCGUAUCCGCUCAAGAUUGUUUCUGAUCCGUACGAUCCGACUCUACUCCAGCUGCAGAAGCUGGAACAGGCUGCUCGGCUCUUGGGAUCAGAUGUUCGGUUGAUGUACAACGUCCAUACAGAUGACUCUGGCAGAAAAUUUCUUCUUGAACAGGAGAUUCUUGAAGAGCUUAGGCGGCGUGCAGCGGAAAGAGAUGCGGCAUUCCGUGGCGAUGUGCAAUCACCAGGAAGUGCUUACACGGGCAACCAGUUCACGCCUCCGCCGCGGUGGCAGUACCAAUAUCUCCUACCAGAGAUACCCAAGUUCGUGGAGCAGGCGCGUAAGAAAAGGGAGCGGGAGCAUAAGAACCUGGAGACGAAAGAAUGCGAGAUGAAAAAAUCCGGGAUGGAUGGAUCUGAGAAUCGGAAGACGGAAUCCGAGAUGGACAAGUCUGACAAGAGGGAAUCUGAGAAGAAGAAGUAUGAGGCGAAGGUGCAAGAUGAGAAGGUCUUAGCACGCACUCAAACUUCUACGAUCCAGGACGUCACCCCGAAAAAGUUGAAGAAACCCAAGAACAUCUUGAAUUCAUCUGGUCAGCGGGAGACCCCCGGAUCUCCCGACUCACAAGGUGGAGAACCUGACUACGGCGACGUCGUCUUCCGUCUCCGGUAUCUCAUCCUGCUCAUUAUCGCACUCGGCGUGGUGUAUUACUACUUCUUCAAAUUACUCUGGAGGUCAUACAUUUGGAUCCGGUCACUUGUACCACAAAAGAAUGAUCAUCAUCGAAAUCCCUUGACGGAAAAGGCCGCAGAAGAACCAAGGACAUCUCGAGAAGAGAAAAUUGAUGGUGGAGAGGGCUCUAAAGGGUCGAUGGACACGUCAUCACAGAGCUUGGGCGACGUCGAGACAGUUAUUCUCGUGGUACUGAGUGGGUUGGCUACUUUCAUUUCUGUGAUUGCUUUCUGUCUGUACUGUGUCAGAUAUACGGCGGACCGUUUUGAGGAAUUUGAUUAUUUUAUUUGGGAGAUGGGGAAGCAGGUUUGGAAUCCAUGA